ACUCCGCCGGGACCAAAGUUUCGGUUUCACUGAGGUCUCCGUCCAAGAUGGCCGCCACGUCUGCAAACCAUGCAGCUAGCAUUGUUUAGCUAGGUCCGGUGUCCGUUUGGUGCAUAAACUCGGACAUUCGACCCCCACACGUGAUCACACCCGGAUAUUCGACCCCCACACGGACAUUACUCGGACACGCAGGAAAUUGUGAAAAUACGAGAUCGCAUGAAAUUGUGAAAAUACGAGAUCGCAUAAAAUUACAUGUGACCUGAAAAUGGAUUUCACCAAUCACACUUUCAGACGUGGACAUUAUAUGGAACCUGGAGCACGGUCAGACAGAGAACCACAGAGACAUGGAACCGUAUCCUUGUCUUCAUAUAGACUACAGCUGGACAGUGGUCACCACGCAUCAGUAGACACAGGGCGUGUAUAUCUUCACAUAGACACAGGGCGUGUACAUCUUCACAUAGACACAGGGCGUGUAUAUCUUCAAAUAGAUUAUGCUGGACAGUGGUCAAAACUCAUCAAUAGACCUAGGACGUAUAUAUCUUCAUAUAGAACAAUGCUGGACAGAGCUCGCAACACCUUCAAUAGACCCAGUUAUCUCAAAUACACAUUCUGUCUGGAAAUUAACAUCAGAACUUGGAACCAAAAGAAAAAAAAAACUGAAAUAAAAUUUGAAACUUUUAAUUUUCCUAGUUUGUCUUAACUAUG